GCCCCUUCCUGCCCGAACAUGUUGGAGGCCUUUUGGAAGCUGUGCAGACAACAGCAACUUCAGCCUGAAUCAUUUCUUUCAAUUGUGGACAAGCUGCCAAGAGGCUUGAGUAGGAGAGGAGUGCCGCCGAGGCGGGGCGGGGCGGGGCGGGGCGUGGAGCUGGGCUGGCAGUGGGCGUGGCGGUGCUGCCCAGGUGAGCCACCGCUGCUUCUGCCCAGACACGGUCGCCUCCACAUCCAGGUCUUUGUGCUCCUCGCUUGCCUGUUCCUUUUCCACGCAUUUUCCAGGAUAACUGUGACUCCAGGCCCGCAAUGGAUGCCCUGCAACUAGCAAAUUCGGCUUUUGCCGUUGAUCUGUUCAAACAACUAUGUGAAAAGGAGCCACUGGGCAAUGUCCUCUUCUCUCCAAUCUGUCUCUCCACCUCUCUGUCACUUGCUCAAGUGGGUGCUAAAGGUGACACUGCAAAUGAAAUUGGACAGGUUCUUCAUUUUGAAAAUGUCAAAGAUGUACCCUUUGGAUUUCAAACAGUAACAUCGGAUGUAAACAAACUUAGUUCCUUUUACUCACUGAAACUAAUCAAGCGGCUCUACGUAGACAAAUCUCUGAAUCUUUCUACAGAGUUCAUCAGCUCUACGAAGAGACCCUAUGCAAAGGAAUUGGAAACUGUUGACUUCAAAGAUAAAUUGGAAGAAACGAAAGGUCAGAUCAACAACUCCAUUAAGGAUCUCACAGAUGGCCACUUUGAGAACAUUUUAGCUGACAACAGUGUGAACGACCAGACCAAAAUCCUUGUGGUUAAUGCUGCCUACUUUGUUGGCAAGUGGAUGAAGAAAUUUCCUGAAUCAGAAACAAAAGAAUGUCCUUUCAGAGUCAACAAGACAGACACCAAACCAGUGCAGAUGAUGAACAUGGAGGCCACGUUCUGUAUGGGAAACAUUGACAGUAUCAACUGUAAGAUCAUAGAGCUUCCUUUUCAAAAUAAGCAUCUCAGCAUGUUCAUCCUGCUACCCAAGGAUGUGGAGGAUGAGUCCACAGGCUUGGAGAAGAUUGAAAAACAACUCAACUCAGAGUCACUGUCACAGUGGACUAAUCCCAGCACCAUGGCCAAUGCAAAGGUCAAACUCUCCAUUCCAAAAUUUAAGGUGGAAAAGAUGAUUGAUCCCAAGGCUUGUCUGGAAAAUCUAGGGCUGAAACAUAUCUUCAGUGAAGACACAUCUGAUUUCUCUGGAAUGUCAGAGACCGAGGGAGUGGCCCUAUCAAAUGUUAUCCACAAAGUGUGCUUAGAAAUAACUGAAGAUGGUGGGGAUUCUAUAGAGGUGCCAGGAGCACGGAUCCUGCAGCACAAGGAUGAAUUGAAUGCUGACCAUCCCUUUAUUUACAUCAUCAGGCACAACAAAACUCGAAAUAUCAUUUUCUUUGGCAAAUUCUGUUCUCCUUAAGUGGCAUAGCCCAUGUUAAGUCCUCCCUGAGUUUUCUGUGGAUGCCGAUUUCUGUAAACUCUGCAUCCAGAGAUUCAUUUUCUAGAUACAAUAAAUUGCUAAUGUUGCUGGAUCAGGAAGCCGCCAGUACUUGUCAUAUGUAGCCUUCACACAGAUAGACCUUUUUUUUUUUU